CGGGUUCCGCGCGGGGGCUGCCCCCGGGCUGAGCUGCGCCGCCGGGUUUUGAUUGGGCGAGGGCACAAAAUACCCACUUUCCCCUUCUCACCGAGGAAGAGUGGGAGAAAGGGUAUGGCACAGUCACAAGGGUGGUUGAAAAGAUACUUCAAGGCCUUUUGUAAAGGCUUCUUUGUGGCAGUGCCCGUGGCAGUAACCUUCUUGGACCGGGUCGCCUGUGUGGCAAGAGUGGAAGGAGCAUCAAUGCAGCCUUCUUUGAAUCCUGGUGGGAGCCAGUCAUCUGAUGUGGUACUUCUGAAUCAUUGGAAAGUGAGGAAUUUUGAAGUACAGCGUGGUGACAUUGUGUCAUUGGUGUAA